CUUAUUGGCUGCAAGCAUGGGCAUAGCUCAUUCAUAAUUCAGCAGCUUCUUGUGGUCUGUGGCUGAGAAUGCUGAAGCUUGGCAAUGCUACUGAGGGACGGGAAGAGGAGGGCAGGCAAGAAUAAACUAUAGGGAUUGACAGAGCCAGCGCUACACCAAAGCACACUGGCAGAGGGAUGCACAGGAUGCAUGGACGCGAAGAUGGGAAGUGAGCUAAGCAAGCUGAAGGCAAAGUAAUGAAGAUACUGGAGCAAUUCUAUGAGCCUGAAUCAGAGGGAUUAUUUAAAGCAACAUCGGAAGAAGGUGAGAGCAUUAAGACGGAUGAAAGCAAAUACUACACGCUGAACAGGGGAGUUUUGAGAGGAACAAGGAAAGAGGGCAGAGGAACAGCCCAGAGUCACUCAAACUGUAUUGCGUCAAACGGGAGAACUUGCUGAUGUGCUGAUACAGUGAAGUAAUGAAUUUAGCGUUUACCUUGGAUGCGCUAUCCUAAACACAGAGCUGAAACAACUGGAGCACAGCCGCCUGUCCUGGUUCUCCCGGGGUCUGUCUGUCAGUGUCACAAAUCUUCCGGAGACACCACUCAUGGGGACAGCGCUAUAAGGAGAAUCCAGCCCAAAUCUUAUAAACUGGGCUUGCAAACACAGCUGUUGAAAUACCAUCUUCAUCACCAUAUAUAUCUAAGUAUUCAUAUGGUGUCCACGGGAUAAAGUAUAAAGGGAUAGAGGACAUACUUUAAAACAGGGUCUGUGCAAAGGAUGCGACUCCAGAGAAAACCUAUCUACCUGGAUCACUGAGGGACUAUUUAAGGGAUAACCUGUACUCUGACUGCAGGUCCCAAGGGCAACCUUUGCUCCCAAAUGCAUUGCUUCAGCAAAAGCAAUCACUCGAGAUGUAAGGCUUCCCUCGCUGGCUGAAGCAUCAACGGAGAACAUCUCUCUAUCUCUGAAGAAGCCUCCCACAAGGCAGCAGCGUUGCCAGGCAGAAGCUGGAGCAGAGACUUGGGAUGUCUGAUGUUGCCCUGUGAGGAGGAUGGAGAGAGACAGUGGACAGUUCCUGCUGUGCUUGGCUGUAAUAUUCACUCUAGGAUUCAGUCCAGCAGAUUCUGCACAGAAAGGAAACAGCAAUGGAGAGGUAUUGCCAGAAUCCCUGCCUUCUGCUCCAGGCACAUUGCCUUAUUUCCAGAUGGAGCCUGAAGAUGCUUACAUCAUCAAAAGCAAUCCCAUCAGUCUCCGGUGCAGGGCUAUCCCAGCAAUGCAGAUAUUCUUCAAGUGUAAUGGGGAAUGGGUGCAUCAGAAUGAGCAUGUGUCAGAGGAAAGUGUGGAUGAAGCUUCAGGUUUGACCAUUCGUGAGGUUUUCAUCAAUGUGACUAGGCAGCAGGUGGAGGACUACCACGGGUCGGAAGACUACUGGUGUCAGUGCGUGGCAUGGAGCAAUCUGGGCACAUCCAAGAGCAGAAGGGCAUCUGUGCGUAUAGCCUACUUAAGGAAAAAUUUUGAGCAAGAACCCCAAGGAAAGGAUGUUCCCAUCGACGGGAUGAUUGUUCUUCAUUGCCGUCCUCCAGAGGGUGUUCCCACAGCAGAGGUAGAGUGGCUUAAAAACGAUGAGCCCAUUGACGCUGUUUCGAAUGACAAUAUUGACACAAGGGCAGAUCAUAACCUGAUAAUACACAAGGCACGUCUGUCUGACUCUGGCAACUACACCUGCAUGGCAUCUAACAUUGUGGCGAAGAGGCGAAGUGCGUCAGCCACCGUUGUGGUGUUUGUGAAUGGAGCCUGGUCUUCUUGGACCGAGUGGUCAGCUUGUAAUGUGCGCUGUGGUCGAGGAUGGCAAAAGCGUUCCAGAACUUGCACCAACCCAGCACCUCUUAAUGGGGGGUCCUUCUGUGAUGGAAUGUCCAUGCAGAAGACAACCUGCACUUCAUUGUGCCCUGUGGAUGGUAACUGGGAGGUGUGGAGUGAAUGGUCUGUCUGCAGCCCAACCUGCGAGCACCAGAGAGACCGAGAGUGCACAGCUCCUGCUCCGAGGAACGGAGGAAAGUCCUGUGAAGGCCUUAGCCAGGAGUCAGAAAACUGCACUGAGGGAUUGUGUAUUCAAGAGAAAAAACCUCUUCAUGAAAUAAAACCACAAAGUGCUGAGACAGCCAGUGACAUUGCCCUGUACUCUGGUCUAGGGGCAGCCAUCAUUGCUGUAGCUGUGCUGGCGGUAGGAGUUACAUUGUACAGAAGGAGUCAGAGUGAAUAUGGCGUGGAUGUUAUUGAUUCGUCUGCCUUGACAGGAGGCUUUCAGACCUUCAAUUUCAAAACUGUCCGACAAGGUAACUCCCUUCUUCUGAAUUCCUCUCUCCAACCUGACUUGACAGUGAGUAGAACCUACAGUGGUCCAAUCUGCUUUCAGGAUCCAAUGGACAAAGAGCUAAUGACUGAGUCUUCAAUAUUUAACCCUCUCACAGACAUCAAGGUCAAAGUGCAGAGUUCCUUCAUGGUGUCUCUGGGAGUAACAGAGAGACCCGAAUUCCAUGGGAAAACUCUGUCUGGGUCAUUUCCCCAUGGGAAUAACAGGUGCUUCGGCACACUUCAUGGCAGGAAUAAAUCACCUUACAUCCAGAACCUUUCAUCUAUUUCAUCCAAACCAGAAAUGAGAAUCAGCGGUCUGUUUGGCCAUCAAGGAGGACGUCUUGUGAUGCCAAAUUCUGGGGUGAGUCUGCUGAUCCCACAUGAGGCUAUUGCAGAAGAUAACUCCUGGGAAAUCUAUCUGUCAGUCAAUCAAGGGGAACCAAGCUUGCUGCUUGAAGGACCUGAGGUUCUACUGGGUCCUGAGGUAACCUGUGGACCACUUGAUAUGACUUUCUCAACGCCUGUGGCCUUAACAAUCCCGCACUGCGCUGAGGUCAGCUGUGAACAUUGGAACAUCAGGCUGAAGAGAAGAUCUCAACAGGGCAAAUGGGAGGCAAUAAUGUCUACUGAUGAUGAAACCACUUCAUUUUAUUGCCUUUUGGAUCCCUUUGCCUGCCAUAUUCUGUUGGACAGCUUUGGGACCUAUGCUUUGGUUGGGGAGCCACUCACAGACUGUGCUGUGAAGGAGCUCAAGGUGGCUGUUUUUGGCUGCAUGUCUUGUAACUCUCUGGAUUACAACCUUAGGGUUUACUGCAUGGACAAUACCCCCUGUGCUUUCCAGGAAGUGCUUUCCAAUGAGAGGCAUCAAGGCGGACAGCUCCUGGAAGAACCAAAGUUGCUUCAUUUCAAGGGGAAUACGUUCAGCAUCCAGAUUUCUGUUCUUGACAUCCCUCCGUUCCUCUGGAGGAUCAAACCAUUUACUGCAUGUCAGGAGGUCCCCUUCUCCCGCGUUUGGUGCAGUAACCAGCUGCCACUGCACUGUGCCUUCUCUUUGGAACGAUACACGCCUGCCACCACCCAGCUGUCUUGUAAGAUUUGUGUCCGGCAGGUCAAAGGGCAUGAGCUGAUUCUUCAGAUUCAAACAUCAAUUCUGGAGAAUGACAGAGAAACAAUAGCUUUCUUCUCACCGGAGGAUAACAAUUUUCUGGCACACCCUGGUCCUAAAGCCUUUAAAAUCCCGCACUCGAUCAGGCAGAGGAUAUGUGCGACGUUUGACACACCUAACUCCAAAGGAAAAGACUGGCAACUGUUAGCACAGAAACUCUCUAUUAACAGGAAUUUGAGCUACUUUGCUACCAAGAACAGCCCAUCUGCAGUCAUACUGGACCUUUGGGAAGCACGACAUCCUUACGAUGGGAAUCUGGAUUCUUUGGCAUGUGCACUGGAAGAGAUAGGAAGGACACAAAGCAAACUAUCACUGGUAACAGAGACUCACACAGAUGACCCAGACUUCAGCUACAGUCGGCAGAAUGGCCUUUGAGACAAUAGCAUUGCUCUGGCUUGUUGAGGCCAGUGUUCAACUAUGAAUUCCAGCCCUUUUUCGGGUUAAGGUGCAGAAGGAAAGAUCAAUAUACCUUUGUUCCCCAAUUUAGAGAACAGAUAAGGCUUUACUGAAUAUAAAGACAAGGAUUUUGAGACUUUCCUUCUCUAGGAAUCAACAGUGCAACAUUCAUUAAAGAAACCUUAUUUGUGCUCAAAGGUUUUUUUGAAAAAGCCAUCCACCAGCGGGGGAAUUUGGAUGUCUAUUUGCUUAGACUCAAAAAGGCUUCAUUUUUCUCUGUGGUCUGUAAAAGACAUACAUUUUUUUAUUAAAAAAAAAUGUUGUCUCUGUUUAUUUAAAUCAGCAAUUGAAGGUCAGGGAAAACAUCAUUUUCCACAUUGAAAGGACAUGUUAUACUGUAAAAUGAUGCUAAGUAGCUCACUUUGUAUUCAGCUUCCCCAAGCUGCUUUGCCUUAGAGAAAUAUAGAAUGCAAAUGCCAACACACUUGUUAAUCUUUGGCAUGUUGAUUUUGUGUGGUGUCCCUGCUGGACUGAGACCCAUCAUGCAACCCGACUGCACUUCUGUUUCCAGUACGAGCUGCUCAGAUGGUCUGUGGAGGUGUAAGAGUUGUUGGUUGUGGGUCAGCAGCUGAUGGAAACAGUUUUCAUAUUUUUAUAUCCAUUGGUUUUCACCCUGUUAGAAGGAAACUUUGAGACAACCGGACAUGUGUUGUGCAGUGUACCAAACCGAGCAUGGGACUGACAGAAAACAAAUCCCCAAAACAGGAAAGAUAUUAUAUGCCAAACCUAUGUAUUACUUAGAUCAUGUUAGGCAAAAUUUUAGAGAAGCAACAUUUAGUGCAUAGUGGGAGUAUAUCAUAACAAAGGGUAAUUCUGGACAUCAGCUGGUGAAUUUACAUCUGAAUUCAAUCCCGUUCAACUUAAAGAUAAAGUAACCCAACAUCUGAAAAGUUUUGUCACAACGUAGUGCCAUGUAGGGCAACCAGAUCCCUUCUCAUUGCUCUUGUUGAAUGGCAGCUAUAAAGUGGAUGAGGUCCAACAACAGUCAACAACAGUUGGUAAAGCUUACUCAGUCGUCCCUUAAUGAAUAUCUUCCAAAGUCCUCAAUAAAAAUUGUCUGUUUUAACUAAAAGUAUUAUGUGCUAAAUAUUUAAAGUAAGUUAAUUCAUUUGACACUCAGGAGGAUGGAAAGAAGAACAGUGAGGAGUUUUAUAAUAAUAAAAAACAAUACAUAUGUCUAGAGGUAGCAUUCAUGGUUUUAGCUCAAGAUUAAACAGGAGAAACCUGUCUUUAGCUAAGGUGAUUAGCUUGCUAGAACUGGAUAUGUUUGCAGAGAAUAUCAGAUUAUUUGAGUGUGGCAUUGGAAACCAAGAAGAGAAUCAAAUCUAGUAUGUCUCAGGCACCGAAUGUAGUACGUUCCUCUUUAACUGGAAUGUCUCCCGCACCAUUUAGCAAAAAUGCUACAGUUUCUUUGUGGCCCGAGCUUUGGUCGUGUUAAGCCAUUAAUGCAUAAUUCAAUUUAACCUUUGUGAAAUAAGUAACAUGCACAGAACAUAAACUCUUGGGGGGAAAAAGUACAGAUAAUUUUCACUUGCCAGGAAAUGAUGCACACCAUAAAGAGCCAAAAACCAAACACUUACUAGAAAAAAGCUCCGUACAGAAUAUUAGUUAAAUUCAUUUGCUGUGUCCUUCAUGAUUGCCACCAUGCUGUAAGCACAAAUGGCUAAUUAGGACAACACUGACUUGCAAGUAUGAUGCUACUAAGGUUUUCUCCAACAUAUCCUCAAUGAUAGUUAUGCACAGAAACCAUCACUAACUGGAAAUACAAGUUAUUCAUCUAUUUUUCUAUGGCUCACUAGAGUUUUAAAGUCCAGUAUCUGGGUAUUACAAUUGCUUUCAUGCCCCUAAAGAGAUCAACACUAAAUCUGGCCUCCCACUGAAAGUGUCAACAGGGACUCAGACAAGUAUCUGGUCCAUGCUUUAGCACUAUUACCUCCUAAAACCAAGCAAGAUU